GUGCACAAGUCAAGCCCGCCAGGCCACAACUCCGCCACCGCCAUUAUCUGCAGCUCCCCACCCCAAACCUUCCUCCUCCACUUCCUUUUGCCCCAAAGUGCAGCUCGACCUCGCUCUUCUUGCAAUGGAUUCAGUUUCCACCUUCUUUGUCCUCCUCCUCCUUUCCCUUUUCGCCGGGAAAUCCACCGGAAAACAAUGUCAGGCCUGCGGCUCCACCGUGGUUCCUUACCCCAUGAGCACGGCGACGGACUGCGGCGACCCCAACUACUCAAUCUUCUGCAACUCCUCAUCCGGGCAGCUCUACUUCUCCAGCAUAAAUGGGUUUCGGUACCCGAUCUCGAAAAUCAACCCCGCAUUCCAGAAGCUCGUGGUCAGGCCGCCGCCGGUCUCCUCGACUUCGUGCUACGCUACCGACUACGCGCAAGGUGGAAUUAAGCUGAACAGCAGCGGGCCGUUCAACCUGUCCGGCGAUAACACGAUCAUGUACUUUAACUGCGCCCCUCGGUUGCUGACCACUCCCCUCGACUGCUCGAAUACCAGCCUGUGCUGGAGCUAUGUCCGGCAGGUUCCGGAGUUCCAGAGCUGCCGGAGCAUGAACAUCUGCUGCACAUUCAGGGCCGGAGGGUCCGCGACGGCCUCCGGUGUACGGUUGUCGAACGCGAGCCAAUGCACCGCGUACCAGAGCUUCGUCAGCCUCAGCCCGCCUUCGUCCGGGCAGCAGUGGCCGCAGUGGCCGCAGGGGGGGAUGGAGUUACAGUGGAGUUUGCCCAGGGAGUUGCAGUGCAGGAACCAGAGCGACUGCGAUGGUGCGAUACCCAAUUCCAAUUGUUCGGCUGACCCUUUGGCGCCGGCGAGUGGGAUCAGGAGGUGCUUCUGCAACUCAGGCUUCCGUUGGGACCCCAUAACCGGAACCUGCAUAAACUUAAAAGAAGAAUGCUACAGGUCUGGAAUAUGCCGGAUCAGACGCAUUCGCCUCAUUACAGGAUUGACAGUCUCGGCCUUUAUUCUGUUGAUCUCAACAAUGACUGCCCUCUUGUUAUACAAGAGACACCUGAAAGUCAGGGAGGCUAAGGAGAGCUUGGCGAGAAAGAGGCAAGAAUUGCUAUCCAACAGCACGGAUGGAAGGUGUGCCAAGCUCUUUAGUGGCAAGGAGAUCAAGAAAGCCACAAACUCAUGUUCUGAGGAAAAUUUCGUUGGGGCGGGUGGCUUUGGUGAAGUUUACAAGGGUACCCUUGAGGAUGGGACUGUGAUUGCCGUCAAAACAGCAAAAAUUGGCAACAUCAAGAGCACUGAGCAAGUACUCAAUGAAGUUCGAAUCCUAUCACAGGUCAAUCAUCGGCACCUUCUCCGGCUUAUCGGCUGCUGCGUUGAGCUCGAGCAGCCAAUGAUGGUUUAUGAGUUUGCCUCCAACGGCAACCUCUAUGAUCAUCUUCAUGAUGGCAAGUACGACUUCCUUAAUUGGAAGCAAAGGCUAACUAUUGCCCACCAGACUGCAGAGGCACUUGCUUAUCUUCAUUUCUCUGCCUACCCACCCAUCUAUCAUAGGGAUAUCAAAUCAAGCAACAUUCUUCUUGAUGAGAAGCUCAAUGCAAAGGUCUCCGAUUUCGGGAUUUCACGGCUUGUUGAUACGGAACUUUCACAUAUAUCCACAUGUGCACAGGGCACACUAGGAUACAUGGACCCAGAGUAUUACAGGAACUUCCAACUAACUGAUAAAAGUGAUGUUUACAGCUUUGGAGUACUUCUGCUUGAGCUCUUAACUUCCGAAAAGGUUGUUGACUUUGACAGAGGAUUGGAAGAAGCCAACUUGGUUGUGUAUGUGCAGAAAAGAGCAAAUGAAGGGAAAUUGAUGGAGAUGGUGGAUAAGGAGUUGAAGGCAGGAGCAUCGGAUCAGAUCUUAGAGACAAUGCAGAAUUUUGGGUUUUUGGCAAUGGGCUGCUUGGAGGACAGGAGACAAGAUCGCCCGACCAUGAAAGAAGUAACAGAGGAGUUAGGCUAUAUCGUCGGUCUUUACGAUGUAGUUAAUGCUGCUGCCGCAGUACAAGAGAAUGACUCCUUUUAAGCUCCUCUAGCUUACAAAGACUGAUAAACAGAACAAGUGAUCGAAUUAGGGAGGCAUCUUUUCACCAAGUUCUUUAGUCUGGCGAAAAAUUUUGGAAGUUUGUCCCUUUAUGUUUUGCCUUUUUUUUUUCUCUUUUUUACAUUUCAGCUGUGGUUACGUGUAUAUGAUCAAUUUUUUAUAAGGGCAGCUUGUACAGAUUGAGAUGCUGUAAUGAAAGGGAUUAUGAAAAUGUCUUGGGCAAUCUCCAACCUUUACAUCAAAAUGAAGCUCAAAAGAACAUAUGUUACU